GAGAUUGUAUUGAUCAUUGCGGAGUACUUUUAUUCACUGGCGGCGUCACGGCGAGCUCUCCUAGCGGCGGCGGACAUCCAUGGCGAAGCAACAGCUCAUCGGCAUGGGAUUCCCGGAGGACUUGGCCCACCAAGCAUUAAUCUCCGCCGGAGACGAUGUAGCCAAGGCCACCGAAUGGAUUCUCAGCAACUCCAAUGGCCACAGGGCUUCCCAGGAUUCCGGCGACACGAGCCCAAUUUCUUCAUCCGUUUCCCCUUUCCAGCCCAAAAUCAACCGAUUCUUCCAAUCCCAGUCGAAACCCCCAAAAAUCCAUCGCGACGAAAGAGACGAAGAAACCCUAGAAUUCCCGAAGCGGCCCAAAUUGGCCGAGCAAUCAGAAGAAGAAGAGAAGAAGAAGGAGCCGCCGCCGGCGAUCCCUCACGAACCCUUAUCAGAGCGGAUGAGACCUCGGAUUCUGGACGAGGUAAUCGGACAGGACCAUUUGCUCGCUCCCAAUUCCCUACUGAAAUCCGCCAUUGAUUGCGGCCGUAUACCUUCUAUCAUACUAUGGGGCCCGCCCGGCACCGGGAAGACAUCCAUAGCCAGAGCCAUACUCAACUCCUGUCUCUCCUCCUCCUCCCCCUCCGUCUCCGGCGUGUACAGAUUCGUCUCCCUCUCUGCUGUCACUGCUGGCGUUAAGGACGUUCGCGAAGCCGUCGAUGAGGCCAAGAAACUAAAGAAACUACUCAAGAAACGAACCAUUCUGUUCAUGGAUGAGGUCCACAGGUUCAACAAAGCCCAGCAAGAUUCUUUCUUGCCGGUGAUCGAAGACGGGAGCGUCGUCUUCAUCGGCGCCACCACCGAGAACCCUUCCUUCCAUUUGAUCACUCCCUUGUUGUCGAGGUGUAGGGUUUUGACUCUAAACCCCUUGGAACACCACCAUAUCACCUCCCUCUUGAGGCGCGCCGUGUCCGAUCCCAUAAAAGGAUUGGCAUGUGGCUUGGGCCCUCAAGGGUCGAAGCUCGAGGUGAACGAUGAUGUCAUAGAGUUUCUCUCGAGCCAGUGCGACGGGGACGCAAGGGUUGCGUUGAACGCCCUGGAAAACGCGGCGGUAGCCGCGUUCUCCAAGUCGCGACCGUCCAUGGACUUGCUCGUCACCGUCGAUGACGCGAAAGAGGCUUUGCAGUGCAAGCACUUGGCGUACGACAAAGCGGGAGACGAGCACUACAACCUCAUAAGCGCGCUCCACAAAUCAAUGAGAGGAGGCGACGCGGACGCCUCCAUUUAUUGGUUGGCGAGGAUGUUGGAAGGCGGGGAGAACCCGCUAUACGUUGCCCGGCGUUUGGUUCGGUUCGCGAGCGAAGAUGUCGGCCUAGCGGACCCCACCGCCCUUUGCCAAGCCGUGGCUUGCUAUCAAGCGUGCCACUUCCUCGGGAUGCCUGAGUGCAACGUGAACCUCGCGCAAUGCGUGGUGUACUUGACACUCGCCCCGAAGUCGGUAACUGUUUACCGAGCGUUGGGGGAGGCGACGAGGGCGGUGAGGGAGUCGGUGGGGCGCAACGAAGGGGUGCCCCUACAUCUGAGGAAUGCACCAACAAAGCUGAUGAAGGAUCUUGGGUAUGGGAAGGAGUAUGUGUACACCCCGGACGAUCCGGAUGCACCGCAGACAUUUUUGCCCCCUUCUCUUCUGGGCUAUAAGUUUCUGAACUUGCCAUGGUCAUGCAUGAGAGGUGAAGGAGGAUGGCAUUUUAACAGUUGAAGGACUUUGAGUUCUCUUCUAGCAAGAGAUAUUUGAACCAUUUGUGGUUGUUAUUUUUGGCUGUUUUUUUUUUGGAACCUUUUCCCAUCUGUGCUAUUUUGUGAGGUAACCUCUUCUCGGCCUUGUUUGGGAAGAGCGUUUUCAAUUAGCGUUAGCGUUUUGGAUAAAAUAUUAACGGUGUAGAUUAAUUUGGAAAAUGCUAACGCUAAAGCCUACCGUCAAAUAGUCUUUUCAAAAUGGUAACGCUAAUCUCUAAAGCUGAUGCCAAAUGGGGCCCUCUUUGAAGAAAAUCAAUGUAUUGUAUUUAU